AUGUAAUAAAUUAAACCAUCAAAUAAGUGUGCUAAAUUUGGGACAAAUUCAAAGAAAAUUAUUGCUAGUGGCGAUGACAAAAAUUGUGUUCAAAUUUGGCAAAUAGGAGAAUCAAAACCAAUUGCUACUUUAAGUUCUUAAAAUAAUUCAAAUGCUUAAGUUGAAGUUGCCAGAAUUUGUUUUAGUUUUUGUGAAGCAGAAAUUUUCUCAGGGUCAAAUAGGGGAAUUAUAAAUGUUUGGGAUGUAGAAAACAAAAGAUUACUUCAAACACUCAAAGGACAUUCUGCUUGUGUGAAUGCUCUAUGUAUAUAUCCAUCGGAUGAAAAUAAAAAUUUAUUAUUCAGUGGCGCAUAUGAUACCUCAAUUAAAUUAUGGGAUUUGAGAUCAAAAACUUCUGUUAAUUAAUUCAAAGGUCACACUAUGUAAAUCAAUACAUUGGCUGUUUCUCCCAAUUCCAAGUUAUUAGCAUCUGGAUCCAAUGAUGGGUCAGUCAAACUUUGGGACAUUGCAUAAGGAAAAUUGAUAACAUCUUUUACGCAACAUGACAGUCAGAUUACAUGUUUAGCUUUUAAUCCCUUAGAUAAACUAUUAGCAUCUGGAGGUGCAGAUCGUUGCAUAAGAAUUUGGAAUUUACAAGACCUUAAUCAAAUAUCUAUGACUAGAACAGAUUCCACUCCUAUUCAAAGUAUACUUAUAAAUGAUAAUGGAAAAGUAAUUUAUUCAGCAACACAUGAAUCUCUAAAAGUAUGGGACAUUGAACAUGACUGUCAAUUAAUAGACAAUGUAGAGAGUAUGUGGAAGGGAGUUCAAGACAUGAUAAUUACACAAGAUUAAGAAUAAUUGUUGGGUUUAGCAUCGAAUCCUCAAUCUGGUUUUAGUUUGCAUGGUGUUUCUUUGAAAUCAAUUGGUUAAGAUAAUAGACUUAAUGAAUAAAAACAGACGGGUAAUGCAAAUUCUAAGUAAAGGGGGAGAACACCUGAUAGAAGAUAAGAAAUGGUAACCAAAGCCUAAGAACCAGAAAAUAAGCAAAAAGGUAAACCAACUUAAUAAAUACAAGAAUAAAAUUACAUAAAUCAAGAUAAUCAACUUGAAAAAUAAAAAUCAAAUGAGGUUCCCAAAGAUUAUUAAUCACUAUAACCAUAACCAAUGUUCCCACCUAUUCAACCUCAAAAUUAUAAUUCACCAUAUAUUAAUAAUCCACAUAAUAACAAUAAUUAAAAUGGGUUACUAUAAUACUAAUUGCAAUAAUAAUAAUCAUAGUAAUAGUAGUAGUAAUUACUUUAUCAAUAUUAAAUUUAAUAAACAAUUUAAAUAAAUUAGUAAAAUUAAUAAUAAAAUUUAUCUUCUCAACAAUAGAAGAAUUAAAUUGUUUAACCACUUAAUAAUUAACCACAAUAUCAUAGUAAUUAAUAAGCUUAACUAAAAUAAUAAAUGCCAUAAAAUAAUUAAUAGGAGGAUGAUGAAUACAAUGACAAUUUUGAAGAAGAUCCAGAUAUGACUACAACCAGUGAACUUACAUUAUCUUAAUUCAUGUUGGGAGAUCAUAAUAAGGAGAAAUUUAAAUAAGUGGAUCUCAUUCACGAAAUAAAUAAAGACCAUAAUAGAAUAAAUUAAAUAUUAUCUCAAAGAAUGAAAUACAUUAAACCAAUCCUAAGCUGGUGGAUUAAUAAUAAUAUUAAAUCAGCUAUUAAUGCCAUAAAUCAAGUAAUAGAUCCUUCAAUUUUGUAGGACGCACUCUCUCUUUAUUCCUAAUAGCCUAAGUUUAGUUCAAUCCCUAUAGAGAAUUUUCCACUUUUAUUGGAAAAAGCUAGAAUAUUAAUAGAAUCAAGAUUUGCAUUUCAUAUCAAAACAGGACUAGAUUUUACUUAUAAAUCUCUUUGUUUGUUUAGAGAUGAAAUUUUGAAUAUAAAGCUCUUUAAUCAAUUAUCCAAAGCUGACUUAGCAAGAGAAGAAAGAAUCUAGAAAUACGAUAAAGUUAUUGAACAAUUAAAAAUAAUAGCGCAAAUGCCUAAAAUGUAAAAAUUAAUCGAAAGAAAUAAAGAUGAGCUAACAGAGUUGGCAAAAAAAUUGUAAUUAGAAACAGCAGGUUUGCUAAAGAAAAUUAAUCCAAACAAUUCAUAGAAUUGA